AUGGCCGACAACAACGCACCCACCUUUACUCCUCCUCCGGUUGCCUCUGGCUCGGAGACGUCCGUCGAGAAGUCUAAGAAUGCCGAUAAGAACGAGGCCAAGCGCCUGGCAAAGAUGGAGAAGUUCUUGGCCAAGCAGAAGGUCAAGGCUACCCCCGCCGCCAAGGAGGAUAAGAAAGUCAAGACUGAAAAGUCUGCUGCAGCUCCCGAGCCCGAGUUUGUCAACACGACCCCAAAGGGCGAGAAAAAGGACAUGUCUCAGCCUAUGGCUGCUACCUAUAACCCCAAGGCUGUUGAGGCUGCCUGGAACGACUGGUGGGAGAAGGAGGGUUUCUUUGAGCCCGAACUGACCGCCGAUGGAAAGAUCAAGGAGGAGGGACUCUUUGUCAUUGCUGCCCCACCGCCUAAUAUCACUGGAAGUCUUCACACUGGACACGCCCUUGCCGUUUCUAUCGAGGAUGGUCUUUCUCGCUGGAACCGUAUGUUAGGCAAGACUGUGCUGUUCAACCCCGGCACUGAUCACGCUGGUAUCUCUGCCCAGGCUGUCGUCGAGAAGCAAUUGUGGAAGGAGAGUAAGCAGACUCGACAUGACAUUGGACGUGAGGCUUUUGUGCAGAAGGUCUGGGACUGGAAGGAUGUUUUCCAGUCGCGCAUCAAUACCCAGGUCAGACGUCUUGGUGCUUCGUACGACUGGAAUCGCGAGGCUUUCACCUUGAGCGACAGCUUGUCCAGGGCCGUCACCGAAACUUUCUGCAGAUUCCACGAGGAGGGCAUCAUCUAUCGCGCCACCCGUCUUGUUAACUGGUGCUCUGAACUCAACACUGCCCUCUCCAACCUCGAGGUCGACAACAAGGAACUGACUGGACGCACUCUCCUCAACGUUCCUGGAUACGAUCCCAAGGAGAAGUUCGAAUUUGGUGUCCUGGUCUCGUUUGCCUACCCCGUCGAGAACUCGGACGAAAAGAUUGUUGUUGCAACCACCCGUAUUGAGACCAUGAUCGGAGAUACCGCAGUUGCCGUUCAUCCCAAGGACGAGCGCUACAAGCAUCUCCACGGCAAGUACGUGAUCCACCCCUUCUCUGGACGCAGGGUCCCAAUCAUUCUGGACGACAUUGUUGUCGAUAUGGCAUUCGGUACUGGAGCUGUCAAAAUGACGCCCGCACACGACUUCAACGAUUACGAGGUCGGAAAGCGCCACAAUCUCGAGUUCAUCAACAUUCUGAACGAUGACGGCACCAUGAAUGGCAACUGCGGCGAAUUCUCUGGCAUGAAACGCUUCCACGCCCGUGUUGCUGUCUUGAAGGCUCUCAAGGAGAAGGGUCUUUAUGUUGAUACUGUCGACAAUGCCAUGACUGUGCCUCUCUGCUCCAAGACUGGCGAUAUUAUCGAGCCAUUGAUGAAGCCUCAAUGGUGGGUCAACUGCAAGGACAUGGCUGCCGACGCGCUCCAGGCUGUCAGGGAUGGCAGGCUGCUGAUUAGACCCCAGACCUCCGAGAAGGAGUUCUACCGCUGGAUGGAGAACAUUAACGACUGGUGCAUCUCUCGUCAGAUCUGGUGGGGUCACCGUGUUCCUGCCUACUUUGUCCGCCUCGAGAACGAAGAGCAGGACUUUGCCGAUGGUCAGUUCUGGGUCUCUGGGCGUACUGAGCAGGCUGCCCACGAGAGUGCCGAGAAGAAGUUUCCUGGCAAGAAGUUCACAUUGGAGCAAGAUCCUGAUGUGCUGGACACUUGGUUCUCGUCUGGUCUCUGGCCCUUCUCUAUCAUGGGUUGGCCCGAGGAAACCGAAGAUUUCAAGCGUUUCUACCCCACUACCUUGCUCGAGACUGGAUGGGACAUUCUGUUCUUCUGGGUCGCUCGUAUGGUCAUGCUGGGUAUUAAGCUGACUGGUAAGGUCCCCUUUUCGGAGGUGUACUGCCACGCUCUGGUUCGCGAUGCCCAGGGUCGCAAGAUGUCCAAGUCCUUAGGUAACGUUAUCGAUCCCAUCGACGUUAUCGAGGGUAUCUCUCUCCAGGCUCUCCACGCCAAGCUGCAUGUCGGAAACUUGGACCCUCGUGAGAUCGCCAAAGCUGAACAGGGACAGAAGAUGGAUUUCCCCAACGGUAUUCCCGAGUGUGGUACUGACGCUCUUCGCUUCUGCUUGGGUGCCUACUCUGCUUUCGGCAGAGAUAUCAACCUGGAUAUCCUGCGCGUGGACGGCUACCGCAAGUUCUGUAACAAGCUUUGGAACGCUACCCGCUUUGCGUUGUUAAAGCUCGAGGAGGGUUUUUUGCCCAACGCCACUGCUGCCAAGUCUGGUCGGGAGAGCUUGGCCGAACGCUGGAUUCUCAACAAGCUGAACGUUGCAGCUGUGGAAUUGAACGAGCAGCUCGGCCAGCGCAACUUUAUGAAAGCUACGGAUGCUAUCUACAAGUUCUGGUUGUACGAGCUCUGCGAUGUCUAUAUUGAGAUCAUCAAGCCCAUUACCGAGGGAACGGAUGCGGUCGCCAAGCGCUCUGCCCAAGACACCCUUUACACCUGCUUGGAGGCUGCACUGAGGAUGUUGCAUCCCUUCAUGCCCUACUUGACCGAGGAGCUGUACCAGCGUCUUCCCCGCCGCGACGGCGACAAGAUCCCCACAAUUGUGAAGUCACCAUUUCCCGUCCACAACCCCUCAUACGUCGACGAGCAGGCUGAUGCCAACUUUGAGUUGGUGUUUGCUGUUGUUCGCAGUGCACGUUCGCUCAUGGCCGACUAUAACAUGACUAAGGGAGGACAAAUCUACAUCCACGGAUCGGCUGAUACUGCCAAGUUGUUGUUGUCGGAGGAGGACGGCAUUGCCACGCUGGCCAAGGGCAGCAAGGCAUGCAAGGUCAUAAGGGAUGUCGCUACCAUUCCUGAGGGAUGCGCUUCGCAGACUGUUCAGGAAGGAUGCACGGUCUAUCUGUUGGUGAAGGGCAUGGUCGAUGUUGAUGCUGAGGUCCAGAAGAUCGAGAAGAAGCUGGCUAAGGUCCAGAAGGCGAAGGAUGACUUGUUGAAGAAGACUCAAGAUCCCACGUACCUGACCAAGGUCAAGGUCGAGAUUCGCGAAAUCAACGCUGCUAAGCUGAAGGAUUACGAAGCCGAGAUCGCGACGUUGACGAGCGGCAUGGAUACCUUUUUGAAGCUUAAGGAUUAG